GUUGCUCGCUGACAGCGGCCGCGGUGCGAGUUGUCGUGGUGCGUGUGUACGUUUUUCGUCGACACUUGUGCGUGUUUAAAAAAAAAAAACGCGAGAAUCGACUUCAAAGCACGGCAUGUCGACGUUGAUUUGGUGAUGGCAGAACGCAGAGGAUGUCACGCCGCAAGCAGAGCAACCCAAAACCACUAAAACGGGAGGAUGAGGAAUGGAGCGACUCGGAGAAGACACCCUCGGUGAGCAGCGGUGUGGAGGGCGGUGGAUCGGCGGUCUCGAGCCCGAUCGCGCCGAUCGUCGAGGAGGAGUCGAGUUUGCCGCCACCACCGAGACUGAAUCCCCCUUCCUCGUCGGUUGUGAUCGCGAAUUCGGCCGCUGAAGAUAUCAGAUUGAGGCUCAGCGUUCUAUCUGAAGACGCUCGGAAACGGCUGGCUAGUCUUACCGAAGAUAUCGAGGUUGCAAGAAGCUUGAGAGAUCGACAUGCCACCCCAAGGGCCAAUCAGACGCGAGAAUCGAGCCCGAAGGACACGGACGAGGAUUCGAACAUGGUCGUGGUCAAGGAAGAGGAUUGUCAGCCGAGGUCGUCGUCCUCCUCGUCUUCCUCGACCAGAAGGCGGGAGUCCGUGUGCAGGAGGGAUUCGGAGGACUCCUCGAGACGAUCGAACACCGCGGACGACACACCGUCCGAGAAAAAGCUGAAACUCGAUGAUGAAGCAGCACCAAGACUGAGACUCAAUGCUAGUCUGGCGACGGAUCCUGCGCUUCGGCCCGCCGCUGUAGCCGCGCUCACCGUCAAACCGGAAAAUACCUCGCCGCCGAAUCCUGUGCCACCCCUGCCGGCUGGACUUCAAAACGCGAUCGCGUCAGGUCGGCUGUUCGUGCUGCCAACCGACGGCAAGGAGACGAUCACGGUGGAGCCAGCCAGGCCGGCGCCGCUCAUCUGCCCGCCUUGCGGCAUCCGUUUUAGCUCGGCGAGCACCCUCGAGGCGCAUCGCACCUUCUACUGCGCCCACCGCCCCCGGCUCGAGGAGGAGGCAGCCAACGAGGAGGACGAGGAGAAGUCGAAUAAAUUCGAGGUGAGGAAGGCGUACGCUUGUCCCCACUGUUCGUACAGCGCGGACAAGAAGGUCUCGUUGAACAGACACAUGAGGAUGCACGCCGCGUCCCCGGCACCACCCACGAUACCAACCGCGCCGACCACGGCCACCACUCCAGGAACAGGCGCGGCGACCGCCUCGAACGGCUCGUUGAACGAGGAAGCGGAGAGAUAUUGCAGAAAUUGCGACAUCCGAUUCAGCUCGCUCAAGACUUACAGAGCGCACAAAACCCACUACUGCAGCACCAGGCACGUGGUGAAGGACGCCCAACCGGCGGCCACUGUCCCCUCCUCCUCGGUCAAAGCGUCGCCGCCGACUAGCGCGAGCCCCGGCGAAUCGCCACCCCCGCAACCGUGUCUGGCAUUGCCCACCAACCCGAUUCUCAUUGUCCCGUACUCAUUGUUCCGCGGUGCCAGCGUUCUAGCGGCGCCGACUCUGCCCGCUCCCGACACCGCGUGCUUCCUUCUUCCCAAUGGUCAUCUCCAACCGAUGACGAGAGGUCUCGCAGCCACGGGCCAGAACGCCGUGGUCGAGCCGCCCCCGGUUCUUCGAGCCGCGAACAAACCAACUACGCCCGCGUCCGUCGUCGCGUCGUCCACGUCGCCAUCGGGCUCCGCGCCUCUAGACUUGAGCGUGAGGAAGUCACCGGCUCAUCAGGACGAGAAAGAGAACAGAGUGUCGCCGGCACCCUCUUCUCUGCCUCCGCCACCUGGCAGCCCAAGAUCCAGAGGAAGCGGAAGCCCUAGGGCGAGGUCGAUUGGCUCUACUCCUACGGUAACCGCGACUGUCGUUCCACCACCACCAACGGAACUCGCUCUGAGAUUGGCCGAACUUCCACCACCACCUGUUCCCAGCGUUCUCGUGAAGCAGGGUGUCUCGAGAUGCAAAGAAUGCAACAUCGUGUUCUGUCGACACGAGAACUUUGUCGCGCACAAGAAACACUAUUGCCAGGCGAGAGAGACAUCGGUCAGCAACAGUCCUCCGCCACCUGGUACACCCUCGCCUCCUUUGGUUCAAUUAAUUUGCGCCGCAUGCGGAAUCAAGUUCGCCUCUAUGGAUAAUCUAGUAGCUCAUCAAGCGUUUUACUGUCCUAAAAGGCCAGAACCCCAAGAGCAUCACUCGCGAUGUUCCAAGUGCAAAACUAUAAUAGAACCUGGAACAACCCAUACCUGUACCAGUGGACCGACCGGAGGUUGGAGAUGCCCUGUUUGCGGUGCGGUUAGUCCAACGGCCGGGGCUGCUCAACGUCACAUGGAUGCGCAUCAAGGCGUGAAGGCUUUCAGGUGCACGAUCUGUCGUUACAAAGGAAACACGUUACGCGGUAUGAGAACGCACAUCAAAAUGCACUUUGAGAAACGCGGAACCGAUUUGCAGGAGGAAAAUUAUAUAACAUGCGUACUCGACGACGAAACAGUUCUGCCUAAUCCAGAGCCUGCUCCAGCCACCACUCCCGAGGAAAUCCCUGCCGAGGUGCAAGUAAACGGGAAAAGCGAAGUUCGAAAGAGUCCGCAGCCACCUCCACCACCUCCUCCGCCACCGCCCCCAGUUGCUAAUAAGGUGAAGCAAGAACGCGAGGAUACACCACCACCUCCUGAAGAAAGUUUAGAUCCCAACAAGAGCGGUCCGCGUUACUGCAGGUCAUGCGACAUCAGUUUCAAUUAUUUGAGCACGUUCAUAGCUCACAAGAAGUUCUACUGCUCGAGUCAUGCGGGGGAAGCUAGUAACAAUAAUAACAAUAAUAAUAACAAUAAUUCGAGCAGUCACGCGACGACGCCUCCAAGUAGCAGAACCGAAGCGUCGGUACUUUAAAAAAAGACUCUUGGAAUGGGACAACCAAUGGGACUGUUAAUUGUUGCCAGUUUAUAUUUAGUUGACUACCGUUGUGUGAUUUCUUUUGAUCCAGGGAAUUGUUUGUACUUAUAAAUUGAGUUAUCCGAUGUGUACAUACGUGCGAUGCGUGAAGAAGAAGAAGCUGCGUGAAACGUAAGCUAAAAUGUAGAAAGAAGCGGAAAGUUGGGCGAUCGUGGCAACGUUUGAUAGUUUGCUUUGGAUGAAUUAGACAAGAGAAAGAUCUAUUGGAUCGAAGGGAAAAAAUAAAAUGAAACGUACCAAAGUGAAACUGUCAAAUGGAACGAUAUGUAAAUCCACGAAUGAAAGGGAUCGUGCAGUUAGGUUUACGAUGCAGCUGAUCUCAUAUGCCACAAUCGACCGAUGUUAAAGGUGUGCAAUCUCAUGACUCUUCAAUAAUCUCAUAGUUGUAAUAAUCGACACAUACCUAAGGAAUUACGAAAAAAAUAAUGAUGAGUGUAAAAUGUUGUACAGUAGCCGAGUAGAGUAUUACGGUACGAUAUAUUAAUAAUCUUAAAUGAUACCAAUUCCCAGCUUGUGAAAACGCUAAGUUGCAAUAUGACAUUUAAUAUAUUAUAUAUAAAUAUAUAUAGGUAUAAAUAAAUAAUUUCAUUGUCCAUAAAUCGCGCUCAUAUUCUUUGACGAGUAAAUAUGUUGGUAAUAGUAUCCAUACUGCCAUAAGAAAGAAAGAUCGGAGUCGUUUCCUAUCUCUUUGCCAACAGUCUCGAAUAAAAUAAUAUCGAGAAAGUGAAAAUAAAUCAAUGACCCCUAAUAUUUCUCUUCGAAUUCUGGAUACGGUGGAUAAAUGGGUCCUUACCAACGUACUUGCCUCGUUAUAUUACAAUCAAAAAA